UGUGCUGACAUGUGCACUAAACGAUGCGUUGAACAUACGUACAUACUCGGUGUUUUGAUGGAUACGUUGUCGUUCGGUGCUCCAAUUAUUUGCCCUUUUAUCCCAAUAUACCAAAGUAACGAUGACUUUUCACUUUAGAAACCUGUCAACCCUUGUUUCCAGUGACUGUGCCAGUCGACCGAAAGCUAUGGUGUUCUCGCUUUUCCGACCUCGGUUCAUAAUGUAGGACAAAGAUGACGAUUAUAUUUACCGGAGUGUUUUUCAUUCGCAUGGUGAUUAUGCCAAAACGAAAUGACAAUAACGAGUGUAGAAUAAAGGGGCCAGUUCGGUAUUAAAGAUGAGGUAAAGAAAGAGAAUGUCCCUUGUACAGGUCGUAUCCGCUGUGCAUCCAUAGCCUGAAAAAUGUAGUCGACGACGGUCGAUCUUGACUCUACGUUAAUUGCAAAUCGCAUUUAUACGUGCGGUUGGUGUUUCGGGGCUACGUAACUGCUGCCUAAUGUAUAAAUUUGCUCAUUUCUGGUAAAGAAGAAUAUCAUGCUUCCUAGGUUAUACGUGUUAAUGCGUAUCAAUUACAAGGUCAUUUUGUUUGCCUUGAUUAUUGCUAUGCUAAGCUCCAUACUGACAACGUGGACAACUUGUGGAAAUAUGUUUUCUCUGACGUCUUCGGACUGGAGAUCGCGUUUUCAACAGAGAGAUCGACCCAACAAUGAACCGGGAUAUCAAGAAAUUGACUGUUUUAUAAAUGGGGGAUAUUCCAUUGGAUGCCGCAAAGAAGGGGAUGAAGUCUACAUACCGUUCUCUUUCAUUCACAAAUACUUUGAGAUUUAUGGAAAAUUGGCAACAUACGAUGGCUUGGAGAGAUUCGAGUGGUUGCAUAGUUACUCAAAAAUUGUUAGUCCGAAGGGUAAAUACGACUCCAGAGGGGUGUUUAUGACUUUUGAAAAUUACAACGUCGAAGUACGAGAUCGUGUGAAAUGUGUUAGCGGAAGUGACGGUGUGCCUAUAUCGACUCAGUGGGAAAGUCAAGGAUACUAUUAUCCCACUCAAAUUGCACAAUUUGGUUUAUCACAUUAUAGUAAAAAUCUUACCGAGCCAGAGCCACAUAAGAAAAUUAUCGAAGAUUCGGAUAAAAUCAGGCAGAACUGGCUGGUUCCCCAAGGAUCUAUAAUAAACAGAGUUUAUGAUAAACGUGUAAAUAGUUUCGUUUUAAAAUAUGCAACUCCUGAAACCAGUACAUCUGGAAUUUCCUUAAACUUAGAUCAUGUUUUGGAUUUUGUGCUAAAACUUGACGUGUGCAUUAAGGACAAUGGAAGUAUAACUAUUGUAUUACAAUCUAAAGAGAAGAGAGACUCUUAUUAUUUACAUUAUACCACGAACAGCCCGGUACUACAAGUUUCGAAUAAUCACAUCUACUAUGGUAUCGGACAGAUGACCAACAGAUGGAAGAGAUUAACGAGAGACCUUAUCAUAGACUUGCAGAAAGGGCUCGUUGUAAACGACAAAACAAAAAAGAAAAUCCCUCGGUCGAAAUUGAAGGUUAUUAAGAUGAUUCUUUACGGAUCAGGGAUGAUCGACAAUGUAACGUUAUCGACCAGUGAACAUAUGGAACAGUUUUACGACUCGGCUCGUUGGUUCGUUGCGAAUCAGAAUACUACAUCCGGUGGUUGGCCUAAUCAAGUUCGAAGGAAAGUAGCGAGUCGUAUGGCAACUCUUGAGCCUGGUUGGUAUUCCAGCAUGGGACAGGGUCACGCCAUUUCGGUUUUAGCGAGGGCGUAUCAUCAUUCCGGUGAUGAACGAUAUUUGCGUGCCGCUAUCAAAGGCUUGCAACCUUUUCGGAUUCCAUCUAGCGACGGUGGCGUUGCUGCUCACUUCUUGGAUAAAUAUGUCUGGUAUGAAGAAUACCCGACUACGCCUCCGUCCUUUAUACUCAACGGAUUCAUAUAUUCGCUAAUCGGUUUAUACGAUCUUAAGAGUAUAGCAUCUGGCAAAUAUGCCGAGGAGGCGUCGAAGCUUUUCGAUCAAGGCAUGCAUUCGCUAAAAAACAUGUUAACUCUAUUUGAUACGGGUUCAGGGUCGACAUACGAUUUACGACACUUUACGUUAAAAACCGCGCCAAAUCUGGCCCGUUGGGAUUACCAUUCGACUCAUGUCAAUCAACUUCUAUUGUUAAGCACGAUCGACAGCGAUUCCAUAUUUAUUACUACCGCUGAGCGGUGGAUAGGUUACAUGAAUGGUAAAAGGGCAUCCCAUAACUGAAUUUUAAGUUAACGACUUCGCGUAGAUUUGUACUCGGUUCACCGUCAGUAAGCAAACUUAUAAAUUAUAUAACAAUUA